GAACCAUCUAACACCAACCUUCAAGACCAGGACCAUGCAAGCAGUUCAGCACUGAAAAGGAAAGAUGACAUUCACCUUAUUUAUCCUGACGUUUACACUGGCUUUGGUUGCUCACAGAGAAGCAACACAAGAAAUGAGAGGAGAUGUCCACUUUGUAGAAAUCCGGUGGUCUUCAGAUAAUUCAGCACAUCCCGAGAAGUUGACACUCACCUGCAAGGCACCUGAAAGUCUGCAUGGAUUUGUUUAUUGGAAGAAAGACUUGAAAUGGGCAGGAAAUGGCAUGACUUUGAAAAUAACAGUCAGGGAGACUCCAGAUGCUGGCAAUUAUACCUGUUGGAGUAACACCACACACGAGCUUCUAAGUUACACUGUUGUUUAUAUUACAAAAAGGGGUGCAAAUGGAGAAAUAGAAGAAUCAGUUCUCAAGUGUAAUGAGACAGUUCCACAGCAAAGAACCUGUUUCUAUUGUGAAGCAAAUAAUUAUUCUGGGAACUUCACAUGCUUUUGGGAAGCACAGAGUCAGAAUUCAGAGCUGAAGUUUAAGAUGGAAGCUGAAAGUGGAAGUGAAGUGAAGCCUGCAUCAGGAACAGUAAUUUGUGAAAAUCCCGAGAAUAAUUCUGAGGGAACAAACCCAGAACUAUAUUCAGCUUCCUGCAGAAGAGAAAAUCCCUGUUCAUUCACUGAGGAGUAUCAACCAAUUAUGUUGUCUCUGAACAUUUUCAAUAAAUAUGUCUUUGAAAAACAUGCCAUCAGCUUCUUCAUCAAGGACAUCUUAAAGCCGGAUAUUUCUCAGUGCCAGGUUACCAAACAUGGCAUGUUGACUUGGUCACCUCCCCCAACGUGGAGCACCCCAGUGACUUAUUUUGGGCUGACUUACCAGAUCCAACUGGUUUCCAAUAACAAUGUAAAGAUUUGUGAAGUCGAUCAUUCAUCGCUAUUUCAACAUGAAGACAUUCUGAGAUGUACCUAUAAACUGUGUCGGUUUGGAGAGUGCUUCAUUCGAUCCCGGGAUCAUUAUUAUAGCAAUUCUGCUUGGAGUGAUUGGUCAAAAUGCAGAUCGAGUAGCACACACAGGAAUCACAAGAAUACUCAACCAGACAAUUCCAUCAAUGAGCACAAAGGGGAAGUAGAAAAAUGCAGGUGUUAGAACUGAAAGUAAACACUAGCUGAAUGUUUUGUUACACUUACUUUACAGAUUGUUGUAAUUGUUAUUAUAUAUUUAUAGAGGGCUUUUAAAAUGGAAUGGUGCUUUUAGAAUUCCUAUUUCUCUAAAAAAGGCAAAAAAAAUUGGACUGCAGUUCAUUCCUUCUAUUUUCUGAAUUGGUUAACUAAGAUAAAUUGGAGCCUUACAGGUAGUUCAUUUUUAAAAGCUGAAACAUGAUAGCUAAGAAUGUAAGAUCUGGGCUGAUCACCGUUCCUAUGUUCUUGAACAGUAUA